CUUUAUAUCGUGACGUCACCACAACGGCUAAAGCCACGGCUGUGAGUUUACGAGCUAGUUUGCAUACGGGGAAUUUCACUUCUCGAGGACACGCAGACUCAAUCGUUGACCGACCGCAAUAAACGCAACGCUGGACAACAACACGGCGCUGAUGCGGGCGACGGAAUACGCUGAGUUGUGCCUUCGGUGUCGACCUUUGAGACCCGCGCGGCAUCCACGGACGCUCCGCCCAGCAGGGAGCGAGAGGACGGUGUCGGAGCAGCGAAGUGCUUCGGAAAGUCGGUCCGCCUUUGUGGUCACUUCACCAACGAGACCGCGCGGGCUGUUGCGUUUGAGGACUUCACAUCUGUUCCCUGUUAGUCAAACGCCGUCCCGUCGCUUUACGGACGGAGAGUCGUGUCUUUUUUUCGGGAGUAUCAUCAGUUGUUCUUUGUUGACGUCAGCGCACUUUAGACCAACGGCUCAGUGACACUAGCUGCGGGCUAUUUAUUUUUGUUUUGUUUACUUUAAAUUAGAAAGUUACUUCAUGGGAAUGCAAGGAACUCCCAGCAUGCCAUGUUUAUUUACGUUUUAAACCCGUCCUAAGUGUACAUAAACCAACAGAAAACAGACGUGAUUUUUGUUGUUGUGUGUGCAUGAAACCAAAGGCUUAAGCCUUCCAUUGAACUUGUGCGAUGACUGCCCCGGGCUAGCUAGCACCGCAUCCGCGAACCCAACGGCUUAAAAGUGGACCAACCACUCGGGCUUGGCCUCCCGCGUCACGACGUGUCAUCGGAACGAACGAGUGUGGACCGAUCGCUGACCCACCGGCGAGCCCGUAAACAUGCUGUGAUUCGGAUGCACCAGUGGAAGAUGUGCGCUCCUCGUGCACAGGGACACAGCUAUGGCCCCCACUACCGCUCAGACCAGAUGACGGGCCCGGUUAUCACUCCACUGGGACACUGGACUCGGUCAAUGAAUGGAAAUGAAGCUGCACUUUGGUUUAGAUUCAGUAGGAGGUGAGUGUUAUUUCACGCUCCUCCAUGCCUUUGUUGGCAACUAAUGGAAGAAAAAGCACCAACCAAGUCUGCCAUGGUAUCGAGACUGCCAAAGUUUGGUGGACGCUCCUCAGCUGGUGGUGCUAGCCCUUUGUCGAAUGGUUCCACGCAGCCAGCCACCCCGACCCAGGACGCUAAGACCUCUCUCCCGGGAACACGCCCGAAUGGUGUAAUCCGAUCUUCUCCUUUUUCCCUUAAAUUGAAGAGAGAUAAGGGGACCCCCCCCUCGAGCCACACCGACCCGGCCAGCCCCGGGGGUGGGCUUGAAGACAAGGCUCAGUCAAAGCUUCCCUCAUUGGCCAAGGAGCCAACCAAUGGCUCACCGGCGACACCCAAGAUGCGGAGGUCAGGCGCUUUGAUGGUGGCCGUCUCCAGUCCCAAAGCCAUUCCGAAGCAAUCCUUGAAGAUGAGUCCCAACGCCGGGGCCAAGCUCGGCCAAAGCCCGCUCAACGGAGGUCCUAAAAUGAGCCAUAAUGGCUCCAGCAUUCCUGCUCGAGCAGGGUCAGAGUCGCGCCUUGUGCGGCCACGGUUUGACUCCACCUCUCCCAGGAGCAGCUCUCAAGACAGUCUGUCCCACUCCAGUGACAGCCUGAAGACCUUGGCCCAGGACAACAUUGUGCGGUCGAACAGCUUCACUCACUUUAAGCAGAUUCCGUCGCCCAGCAGCCAGCCGAUGACACGGUCCUUCUCCUUCAACCGGGCCGUGGAGCUCGCCAAACCCCUGGCAAACACUCAGCUCCGGCCUCCCCGGAGUAGUUACCUCAAACCCCCUCAGCUGAGCAACGGUAGACUGAGCAUAGGACCCGCAGGACUCAACGGCAGCCUUGGAGGCUCAGGAGGUCUUGGUGGAGGACUCGGUGGACUUCUCUACAGCAGACCUCCUUCGGCCGCCUCCUCGCUGCCCACCCUCUCAAUCCCCCCGGCACCCAACACUCCCAGCGCUUUGAGGAAGCCGCUGCUCCCUAGUUGUGUCCUGAACAAAUCACUGGGCGGUAGUGGGGGGGCUUUGGGCUUCAGGCUGGCUCGUGCUGGGCAGGCCAAGCAGCAGCCGAGGAGUCUCUUUCCUGGAAGGCUCAAGGGGGAUAUCGCACCUUCGGCGGCCCCCGAAUGCGCAGGGCUCUUAGCGAUAGCAAUAGACAUCGAGCGGAGCGGCGAGGCCGACAAAUCCGACUCGCAGAGUGACAGCGAUGGAAGCUCCGGAGCAGGCAAAGGAGGAGGGAGCGGUGGUCUUGGGAAGAGCUCCGGUCAGACAGCAGGCGAGCCUCUGGAGGACAUGUCUUUAUCUUCUGCCUCGUCCCUGGACAGAGGUGACACCAGUGAGGAGUUUCUCGAUGACUUUGUGGGGGACGUGUUCAUCGACGGGGACCUGCCCGAUAACAUAACAACUGGCAGCACAACUCAGACCCGCCUACACAGCUUUCUCCUCGAGACCCUGGACUGGGACACUUUGGAUUUGGCAGGCCAUAAAGAUGAAAGCAGCCCUAUGCAGGACUCCCAGGGACCUCUGGUGUUGUCCUCAGAGCAGAGUGACAGCCUUCAGGCUUCGUCUGUGGAGCUGUCGCCUUCCAACAGCUCUGGUGGGACCUACAUGUGGGACGAGGACGGUCUGGAGCCCCUUGGGCGGCCUGGGACACGCUCAGGUGACGGCUAUGACGAUUCGGAGCUCAACGGCAUGGAUGUCCUGAACAACCUGGACCCUCCGGGAAGUGGAGACUUGGACGACGACGACCUCAUGCUUGAUGUGGACCUCCAAGAGGAUGGUGUGCAUGAUGCGGACGGGAUGUCCCACUUUGAGCGCUCGGACAGGGCUGGCCGGCAGGGGCAGCGGCGUAGACACCAUCGCCGGAGUGGACCCGAUCACUUCUGCAAUGAUAGCAGGACUCACGCCGUGCAGCACUACGAUGGGGUAAAGGUCUCGAGGAUCCCUCCGCGGCCUGUCCCAUCCGAGGGCAGGCAGAGUGACUACAAGGCCAUGCUGGAUGAGCUCACCCUCAAGCACAUGACCCAGGACUGCAGCUCGCUGAAGAGUCAGCUGCUCAGGCUGAAGACAUUACUCCAGCUCGAGGAUACUGAAUCUGCAGUUGAUGUCCCUGAAGAGAUCGAAGACAAUACCACUGCAUCACAGUCGGAGGAGCUGAUUAAGGAAGUGCAGUUGCUCCGCGAGGAGCUGGGGAGUCGAGACAAAACCAUCGCUCAGCUCACGUCGCAGUGUCAGCAGCUGCAGCAGCUGCAACAACAACAUCAUCAUCAGCGGGAGCAAAUGGGCUGGCCGGUCAGGUGUCAGUGCCACCACCAGAGGGCUCCCUCCUCACUACGACAGAGCGACCGACAGAUGGACAAACGGCCGAGGCAUCACUGUGACAAGGCCACCCAGACCUACUGGAGACCACCAAGCCACGCCCCUCAAAUACUACAGCCUUUCAACCCCCGCCUCAAAGAGCACAUCCGCCAGGGAAGACCAGUAAAAACUCCGCCCACCGAGGGCCGCAGUGACGCCCGCCGUCCUCCUGAAGACCUCACGGCCGACGUGUCCCAGGAGCCGGCUCACCUGGGCUCCCGCCGGCGAGAACCGAAAGGCCCCGUCGCUCCCGCGGGCCCCCGCGCGCCGCAGCCCCAGCGCCUCCUCCCCCUCCAGCGCGGCUCCCUCCUCGCUUCCCCGAGACCUGCGGCCGACCGGGGCGAGCAGCUGCCCCCUCCGCCCGGGGGCCUCCUCUGCUCCAGCGCCGCGCCCCGGGUUCGGGCGCCGAGUCUGGCUCGCGCUUCGCCGCUCCGAGACCCCGGGUCGGCCAGUCAGAUGCUGAUCCCCGUGAGCCGCUCAUGCCUCCCCAAGCCAAAGAUUCCCUGAGGGGCCCAAACGCCAUCCAUCAAAACUCCACAGUGGAAUCACAGUGGCGUUGACGUUCGUCCUCCUUCUCUCCCCUGCUUUGAUAUCAGAGUGACUGUUUUACCGUUGCAGGGUCACAGGAACCGACACUGAGCUCAUUACCCCCAGUGGACCAUUCGUGGCCCGCCGGGCUCGUUUCCAUUGUUCUUUCAGCCCGUUUCUAAAUCAGCAUCCUCAGCUCCAACUUGCAGAAAACAUAUGUAGCCAGAUCUAAUCUUCACAAGCAUUUACUGUAUUAUGACAGUUUACGGGCUGAGGGGAAUUUACAGGAGAAGAAAUGUCAAGUUCACAAGCCUUGCACAUGAAUGCUGCUAAUGCACUGAAAGAGUCACCAUUCACAAAAGUCGGCUUUUAUCUUGAGGUAGCCACGGGCUGUUAGCAAAUUUAAAAGUCACAGCCCUGUGCCCGCUGACACACGGGUGCGUUUGGUUUUUAAACAUGGAGGUGAUAUGAAUGUGACCUUUGUAGUGUAAUAGAAUAACCGGGGGAAAUUGAGGCAAAAAGAAAGUAAGAAAAAAAAGAAAAAAGAUUGAAAAUGGCAGCAAAACAAAAUGCAUUGAAGUUCUUUGGAGCUGUCACUCUCACACUGAAUAAAGGCAUCUGUGUGGAAAUGUAGGGUUCUAAAAAGUUCUUCCAUGCGGGUGGUGGUGGUGAUGAGAGGAGCAGUGUGCAAGUCAGGAAAUCAUUUUUAUUCUAUA